UUCAAAGUUAAAUUUCAGCGGGGGUCCGACAAUUUGGUUAAAAUUGAGGACACGCAAUAAGACACUUGACAGCGUGAAACAACAACCACUUUUUUUGUGGGAGUGUUUUAUUAUCCCCAGCUUCUUCAGUUCAUCAACCUCUGAUUUCACUACCUUUUGGUUUGUAGUUUGGAAAGCUUCAUUCCUUAAAAAGAAGGCAUGACCUGCCAACCUGUCAAAACUGUCGGCCUGAUCUUCAGUAAGAAGAAGAUUCAACGGUCUGGAUUCGUAGGCCUUCCGGAAUAUGCCAGUCAACAUGGGCUUCGCAUCGUUCACGUCGACUUGGAUGACCCCAUGGCCAUGAAAAUCAACUUUGACUUGAUCGUUCACAAGCUGACCGAUCUGAUCGCAGCAGCCACAAAAGGACAAGUGGACGCCAAACGACAACUUGAUAAUUUCGAACAAUACACAAAAUCACAUCCAAAAACCAUUAUCUUGGAUCCUUUAGUACAUGUCGAUCAACUGAUGGACCGGCGAAAUACCUUUGAGGUCCUCAAGGCUUGUCUGACUGCUCAUACACACGACCAUCCUGAUGCCACUGAGCCUCUGUUCUACUUACCAAACCACAUUUGCCUUCCAAACAUUCAUGCAACAUUUUCCACACAAAAUCUCCCUUUUCCUAUAUUAUGUAAACGGGUGUCGGCUUGCUCAUCAGAGGAGGCCCAUAAAAUGACGCUUGUUCCAAACCCUCAACAUAUACAUCUGCUUGGACCGUAUUACGACAAGAACGAGCCAGUGAUAUUUCAAGAAUUCAUACAACAUGACGGUGUCAUCUUCAAAGUUUACGUUGUGGAUGGCACUUCAUUUGUUCAGGUUCGGCCAUCUUUCAAAAAUGUAACGUUAGAAGAUGACCUUUUACAUUUCGACAGCCAGAUUGUGCCAAAAGCGUUUGAACAAGAUACCCCACUUAAUAGUAAUCAGCAAAAUGGCACUCAUCAUCAGCACGACUCGAUUUUGCAAGCGUUUUUGACUAGAGAUACGAACAACAUGCGCAUUCAAAAGGAAGCCGUUUUCGAUCACCGAAAAAUUGAGUUGAUUACUCAAAGAUUGUUUGAGCAAUUGGAAUUGACAUUUUUUGGAUACGAUAUUUUGGUCGAAACCGGUCCCAAGCAUCGACAUUUUGUUGUAGAUGUCAAUUACUUUCCCAGUUUUAACAACAUACCCGAUUUCCGUGAGAGAUUUGUAGACAUUAUACUGAGCAGGCUCAAGAACGUGGAAUGAACGCUUUAGUAGUCAUUUCCGUAUUACACCCUUUUACAUAAAGCAACUUGCUAUACUUGAAACUGUACUCGUUCUUUCCGCAAUGUGGAGACGCGCGCUGCGAUAUU